AUGCUGCGCCCCAACAUCCACCUCGAGUGUCCGCCGUCGGCGCAGCUCGGCAUCCAGCUCGUGGGCUCGGCCGACGGCGGCAUCGUGCUCUCGUACGUCGACGAGAAGGGUCUGGCGUUCCACCACGGCGUGCGCGAAAUGGACUUUCUCAUCAACAUCAACGGCUGCUCGGUGCUUGGCACGACGGCCUACGACGCGAUGGCGUCCAUUAUUGCGUUUCGGGACGAGCGCAAGGUCGCGUUCACACUCGACGUCAUGUCGGCGACGACGUCGGGCCGCUCGAUGACGAUGUCUAACGCCGCGUCGUUGGUCGAGCUCGAGACGCGGCUGCCCAAAGUGCUCUACGACGUCGUGUGGACGCUCUUUGAUGGCGAUUUCAAUUUUACGCUCGGGCGCGUCGGCCACAACGUGCUCGCCGUCCGCAACCUCGUGCUCGACGGACGCAAAACCGCGAUCGGCGGGCACCACAUGCGCAACGGCGACGUCCUCUUGCGCGUCAACGGUGUUGAAGUGUCGCCGCGGACAACCCACGAGGCGUGGGCGACCAAGCCGGUCGUGCUUCGCUUCCGCCGACCGCUCCUGAGCGACAAGGCCGAAGCCGCCGCCAACAUGAUGGAUGCGAUCAAGGACUUUCAGGCACUCAUUUCCCAGUGCAGCCUCACCAAUGACGACGACGACGCGGAUCGGUGUUGA